CAGGACGAGAACGGCCCUUGCUCCCUCAUUGCCAUUGCCAACAUCCUUCUUCUCCGCGGCGAUCUCGAGCUGCAACCACCAGACCGUCCCUUGGUGAACUACGACUACCUCUCAUCGCUUAUUGCCGAGUACCUCCUCACCCGCCCAGGGGACGCCUCUCUAGAGCAAGCCCUCAGUCUUCUCCCCCAGACGCAGUACGGUCUGAAUCUCAACCCGGGCUUCAUCUCGAACGAGACCUUCUACUCCUCCUCUUCCUCCCCCUCCGAGGUCGGGGCCGGUGGCGGAAGCGCUGGCAGGCCAGGCCAGCUAGCCCUCUUCGACCUCCUCGGUAUCAAGCUCUACCAUGGGUUUCUUCCCGAUCAAAGUUCAGACCGUGAAAGCACAUACGACAUGCUCAUCUCUCUCGGAUCGUACGAUUCUGCCCUGGAUCAAGUUGUUCGCGGGGAUGCCAUUGCCGAGCAAUUCUUCCGAGAGGCAAUGGGGGAGAGUGGUGUGCGAGCCCCACUAAAGGUGCUUAGAGAGAGGGGAGGAGCUGUUCUCCUCGAGUCGAAGGGAUGGGGGACAGCACUGCAGCGGCGCGAUGUUGCAGCAGCACUUGAAGUGGGCAACUUUCUGGAUAACAAUGCUUCGCAGCUUACCUACCCUGGGUUGUUCGCACUAUCUGCUCUGCCAGAAGGUACGCUAUGUGCCCUCUUCCGCUUCAACCACCUCAGUGUCCUCUAUCGACGAGCACCACCCACGCUCCUCACACUGCUCACCGACGAGGCAUUCCUGGAUGAAGGACUAGCAGUAUGGGAGAGUCUUGCAGAUGUCGACGGGAGUGCCAGUGGAGAGAUCUACGAUGGGAGAUUUAGGAGGAGAGUCAUCGAUCAGUCUGCUAGAGCUGGGCGAGGGCGCGGUGGUGGUGGUGGUGGUGCUCUCGCAGCGGGCUUUGGUGGGGAUGGCAACGCUGGGACUGGAGUUGGUGCUGGGAUGGGAGGAGGACAAAGUGGUGAUCCUGCCGAGGAUGCAGAGUGA